UAGAGGACAGGGGGACAGAUUGAAAGAUGGCGUCGCUGAGGUGUAUUCUUCGCUCGGGGAAGAAGGCCGUGUCAGCCGUCUUCAGGAGGGAGUUUCAUAAAUCCUCGCCGGCUGCUGUGCAGGUGACGGUCAGAGAUGCUCUCAACCAGGCCAUGGACGAGGAGCUGGAGAGGGACGAGCGAGUCUUCCUCCUGGGUGAAGAAGUCGCACAGUAUGACGGUGCCUACAAGGUGAGCAGAGGCCUGUGGAAGAAGUACGGAGAUAAACGUGUAAUCGACACACCUAUUACAGAGAUGGGCUUUGCAGGUAUUGCUGUUGGCGCCGCCUUUGCCGGCCUGCGACCCAUCUGCGAGUUCAUGACCUUCAAUUUUUCCAUGCAAGCCAUCGACCAGGUCAUCAACUCGGCAGCCAAGACGUACUACAUGUCUGCCGGGCUGCAGCCCGUGCCCAUCGUGUUCCGCGGGCCCAACGGUGCCUCUGCGGGUGUAGCUGCUCAGCACUCUCAGUGUUUCGCUGCCUGGUACGGACACUGUCCCGGUUUAAAGGUCGUCAGCCCCUGGAACGCCGAGGAUGCCAAGGGCCUUCUCAAAGCGGCCAUCCGUGAUGAUAACCCAGUGGUGGUGCUGGAAAACGAGCUGAUGUACGGCGUGGCCUUCGAACUGUCCGCAGAGGCUCAGUCCAAAGACUUCACUAUCCCUAUAGGAAAAGCCAAGGUUGAGAGACCAGGAAACAACGUCACGCUAGUAUCACAUUCCCGAAUGGUUGGUCACUGUCUGGAUGCCGCUGCGGUCCUGGCCAAAGAGGGAAUCGACUGUGAGGUCAUCAACCUGCGCAGCAUCAGGCCACUCGACGUGGAAACGAUCGAGACCAGCGUGAUGAAAACCAACCACCUGAUAACGGUCGAGGGCGGCUGGCCCCAGUUCGGCGUUGGAGCCGAGAUUUGUGCCAGAAUCAUGGAGGGUCCAGCGUUCAACUACCUGGACGCCCCCGUGGUACGAGUGACCGGAGUGGACAUCCCCAUGCCCUAUGCCAAGAUUCUGGAAGACAACAGCACUCCGCAAAUCAAAGAUAUCAUCUUUGCCGUCAAAAAGACACUCAAUGUGUAACAAGCACUAAAUAUUAACAUGAUAUAAAUACAUGACACCCUAUUUUACCCAAACUCAAAGGAAAUGUUUAAUGGUUUAUCUGUUACAUGCUGGAACUCGAACGGUGGGUGUCCCCUUGUAUGUUAUUUAAUGCGGAUGGGAGAGCCAGCGUUUGUGUAUCAUGCUCUUAUAACAGCUAUGUAGCUGGAAACGUUUCAUUUACUGAUGUGCUUCUUUUUGGGAAGACGUCUACACUGGUGGAAGAGCUGUACCCUUUAUAUUACCCCUAAAUAAAAUAUUUAGACUGUGUUAGACGGCCUAUUUAUGUAAUAUCUUGUAAGCAAUCAUCUCUUGCUUGCUAAAGUGGCAGGGACAAAAUUAUCGCUGGACUUUCCAAGCCAAGUUCCAAGUUUUUGUACUCACAGCAAAGGAAAAAACUCAAUUUUUGAAUAAUAUUCAGAGCUGAAAGUCAAGAUGAAGCUCGAACCAAGUAAACAGGCCUCGAUUUGUUUAAAAGUGCAAUAAAAACAUGAUCCACCUCUUA